GCCGCCCUGCCCGGCUUCGCCAUGCGGCCGCCGAGGUAGAGCCUGGACGGCGCCGAGGAGCGCGGAGCGGCGCGCAGCCCUGCCCGCCCGCCCGCUGGACAACGGCCGCCUGGCCCCGGCCCGGACCCCCCCCUGAAAUAUGUUCAGGGGCGCUUGGAUGUGGCCCGGGAAAGACGCGGCCGCGCUGACUCUCUGCUGCUGCUGCUGCUGCUGGGCUCCCAGGCCGGGCGACAAACCUUGCGCCGACUCCGAGCGGGCGCAGCGAUGGCGACUGUCCCUGGCGUCCCUGCUCUUCUUCACCGUGCUGCUCGCUGACCAUCUGUGGCUGUGCGCCGGGGCCCGGCCCCGGGCCAGGGAGCUGAGCAGCGCCCUGCGGCCGCCGUGGGGGAGCGGGCGCGAGAGGCGGCCGGCGCCUCCCCGCGCGGUGCUGCCGCUGCCGCCGCCGCCGCCGCCGCCGUCGCCGAGCGAGCCCGGCGCGCGCCCCGGCGCUUGCGGCCCCCGUGCCGGCAACCUGACCAAAGCCGCCCCCGCCGCCGGCCCCGCGCCCGACUGCCGCGGCGCCCCCGAGCCCACGGGGCUGGACGCAGCUUGCACCAAAUUGCAAUCCUUGCAGCGACUUUUUGAGCCCACCACCCCCGUCCCCCCUCUGCGGCCCCCGGACUCCCCGCCCCGCAUCCCGGCCACCUUCCCCGCCGCCAAGAAAAACUUGCUCAAAGGUCACUUUCGGAACUUCACGCUCUCCUUUUGUGACACCUACACGGUCUGGGACUUGCUGCUGGGCAUGGACCGGCCCGACAGCCUGGACUGCAGCCUGGACACCAUGCUGGGGGACCUGCUGGCCGUCGUGGCCAACCCGGGCUCCGGAGCCUGGGAGGUGUGUAGCAACUGUCUCGAGGCUUACCAGCGGCUCGACCGACAUGCUCAGGAAAAAUAUGACGAGUUCGACCUCGUGCUCCAUAAAUACCUGCAGGCAGAAGAGUACUCAAUCCGGUCCUGCACGAAAGGCUGUAAGGCAGUCUACAAGGCCUGGCUGUGUUCAGAAUACUUCAGCGUGACCCAGCAGGAUUGUGAGCGCUGGGUGCCCUGCAAGCAAUAUUGCCUGGAGGUGCAGACCCGGUGCCCCUUUAUACUCCCCGACAAUGCAGAAAUGGUAUACGGAGGGCUUCCUGGUUUUAUCUGUACAGGUUUGCUGGAUACUUCGCCAAAGCGGCCGGAAACCAAGUGCUGUGAUGUGCAGUGGUUCUCCUGUGAAUCCGAAAAGAAGAAGCUCAAGGAGUCUGAGGCCCCUAAAACCCACCACCAGCAAUUCCACCACUCCUAUUUCCACCACUACCAUGAACAGUACCACCACUACCACACCCACCAUGAACCUCCAGGCUAUGGCAGCCACAAGCCCACCCUCCUGCAGGUCUCUGGGGGAUCGCGCCUCAGCCCCAGCAGGAUCCGGCUCUACAUCCUUUUUCUCAUGCUCCUCCAUACCAUGGUGUCCUUCUCCAGUAACCAGGGUGGUGGAGGACUGGGGCUGGAGGCACUGCCUGCCCUAGAUGAGGGCCUGACUCGGGAAGAGUGACAGCAGGAAGGAGGACAGACCUCCACCACACACUGACAUCAGCUCCAGCCUCCCAGGUGGAGGGGGAGGGGGCUCUUCCUGUGGGAGGUAUAGGACCAGGUGGGGGAUGGGGAAGUAGGGAACUAAAUAUCACCCCAAUGUACCCCCCAAAAAGCAGCUCUAUCAGGAUGGCCAGAAGGCCCCAAGGAGCUGCCCAAUUCAUCUGGGAGAAAAAAGCAGGAGCAGCAGGUACCUUCUCCCAUGUCCUCAUCUAUGGGACUAAGCAAAAAAUAAAAAGAACGGUGGGGGCUAGAAAAGCCCAUCCCUGUUGAGAGUCCUGACCCAUGGAAGGAGGCUGCUCAUUCAGCUUUGGCCCUGCAGGGAAUGUUGGGGGGCACAGAGGAGAGAAGCUCCUUCCCCCUUCCACAUUCCUUUUGUUGCCACGAUCCUUAAUUCCCUCCUGCCCACACCCCUACAGGCAACGGCAGACGGUGCAGUGGCCCUCCUCCCACUACAGCUCACCUAGCCCCAUGUGGAGCUACCACAGUGAAGUGCCAGGUUGGAAGAUGAGGUACACACAGUCACAGCUCGCCCCAGUUGAGUUGUGCCCCACCACCUUAGGCAGUAAGAGGUUAGAAUGAGGUGCAUAAUUAGUAUUUGGAGAGAGAUGGAAGAGGGAAGGGAGAAAAAUCUUUCAAGAGGGCUCAGACAGAUGGCCAAAUCGGCUAUUGCUACCUGACUUGGGGGACGUAGGUUAUCACAGUUGUUUUGAGUUGGCAAACUCAAGGGUGAUUCCCCGAGCCUGAGAAAUGACUCAAGGAGUCAUUUCGGGAAAGAGCGCAAAAACAGGUUGCUGGGGCUCAAAACAGAAUGCUGAGGGCACAAGGUCAGACUGCCGGUGUCUGAAGGGCCAUAUCUUACAGAAGGUGCACAUACUCCCAAGGGCCACUCUUGCCCUGGAGAUCUUGGCCUUGGAGCCAAAAACAUUUCCAUUUCUGAUCUCCAUGGGGAGGAGGGACUUAGGCCCAAGUGGGUCAGGCCUGGCCUGGGUCCCCAAACUCCCUCAUAAUAUACUAGCCCAGGCCUUCAUGAAGGAGAACCUGGUGGCAUGGACCCAGGGCUCUCCAGAGAUGAGCCUCCCCAAUCUCCACCCUGUCCUUGUCCCCAGCCUACCAAAGAGUAUCCACCCCUUUCCAUCCCAAUUAUGGAAAACCAGACUCCUCACCCUGUAGCAGGUCCCCUGGUCCAACUACCCCUGCCCCUGGCUGGAGAAAAUCCAGAAACUGACAAGAGGACCUGCAGAAUAAAGAGAAUCCGCUGCCAUACCUUGGCUGAGAGACUUGAAAUGUUCGAUCAGGCCGGAGGACUGAAGUACAAGAGACAUUGUGAGCCCUUUGUGGAUCUUUAGCUUUGUGUCCGCUUUCUGGGAGGCAGAAGCCACAUUGCCUGGGACAUCUAAAAGCCUAAAGGAGCCACAAGAAAAGAGAGACAUAACCGUGUUCCUGGGACACGCUGAAGAGCUCUCAGUGCCAGAAGACCUAUGGUGUAGGAUGUGACAUCCAUGAGUGAAGGAGAAUGGUGGGCCUGGACCUUUGUUACAGUGAGACCAAGACAAGGAUGGGAGAGGACAAGUAGAACUGGUUCACUUGAGAAUGAAUGGGUGGGCUUCCUAAUAAAGAGGGAGUCUCAAGAUUUUCUGCUAGGUCCCAGACUAGGCUUAAUGAGACUGUGGAGUCUUUCCUGCCAGUUUUCUCAUUUCUCAAAAGUGUGCCCCUACCCGGCCCUGACCCCUGUGCCCUGCUCUCACACUCCCCUGUUUUGUCCUCAGCACUUCAGGCCUAGCCUCACACCCUGUCCCUAGAGUGCUCUUUUCAACUGGGGAGGGGAAGAGGUGCUGGCUCCUUUCCAGAGAUGCUUAUGUAGAUGUGAGACCCUAGGUACUGCCUUCAAACUCCUGCAUCCUCAGGAGGGGAAAAGGGACUGAUAAGUAAAGGGGGACCUUAGGGUCCCAGAGAAUGGACCCUUGGAGACUCCCAUCCUCUCUUCCUCUUCACCAAGUGCCCAGGAGACCCCUGGUUCAGACCAGCCCAGGGCCUUGCCCAGUGGCAGGGGAAAGGGGCACCUCACUCCACCUCAAAGUCAUUUGACUCCCUGUCCACCCUAUCACCCAGACUUUCCACCACUACUCCAGCUGCCCCAGCCCUGCCACAGGCUGCAGAGCUGGGUAGCUUUCUUAUGCCAUUUUCUACACUGUGCUUCAUUAGUAGAACUUUCUUGCACUAGUUCCUAUGACUGAGUCUCCAAGCUGGAUUCCUAGUAGUUCCCUGUCCCUUCCUCCCUCACCCAGCUACGAUUCAGUUGUCUUCUCCCUCCCUCUCCACAGCCUCUGUGUUUAGGUGAGAGUCUCUGUAUGUGUACUGCUUUCUGUUUUGUUGCACUGUGGGGCAGAGGCCUCUCUGCUCUUGUUUAACCCCAUAAAGAAAUAAAUGGUAAGACUUGAUGAUAA